AUGCUCUCACAAAAACGAAAACACCAGCACGAAUCCACAACCGACACACCAACAUGUUCUUCCAUCAACAAUUUUCCAGUCAAAUUUUGGUGCUCUGGAAAGCUCGUGUGGGGAAGUAUACAUUCCAUCAUGGAAUCGGUUGUGUAUGAUGAUUGUACUACAAAUGGCAACACCAAAAAUUGUUUUCUCUCUGCACAACAAGGUGUAUGGAUUGUCGAAGAAACCAUUUCGGACAGCAAUACAAAAGCUUUUAUUAUUCAUCAUUCAGAUGUAAAUGGAAAUGAAUUGAUUGAAUCAUGUUUUAAUCAUAAUUCGAGACAAUAUAAUAUUGCUGCAAUCAAGAGACAAGACUGGGACAAAGACAGCAAGCAAAACAACAAUAUCAGACAUGUUUUAAAAAAGAAAAAAACAACAAAUGGUUCACUGGAUAGUAAUGAUUUGUUAUUGCCAAAUGGGUUCCUAUUGAUUGAUUCUGAAAAAUAUGAAUUAUUUUUGAAUGGAAUUGCUAAUUCUGAAAUUGAAGAUGAAUGUUUAUUAUUCAGUGAUGGUGAAGAAGAACAUUCUUUUGGUGUUCAUUUAACAGUCAAACCAAACAAACAAUUUUUUUAUGAAAAAAAGCUUUGGAUGAUCACCAACACACAAAAUUCUGAAACUGCAACGCAAGUGAUUGGUUUUGUUUAUUCAAUAUCAUCGAAAAAGAUUGGAUUUUGUGAUUUAUCAAUAAUUACUCUCAACAAAGGAGACACACCGACAACCACAGAAGAUUAUCCUUCUCCCUCUAUCCUUUUUCCUUCAAUCAGAGGUACACUCAAAGUUCAAAACAGAAUUAUUUCAUCCUUUAAUCGCCUACAACAGCCUCGUAGUAUAACUUAUCACAAAGACACUCUCUAUAUUUCCUUAACAUGUUGGCACACAAUCUUCAUCUUCAAUCUUACCACAAAAUCAUUGAAGCCAUUCAAAACUAAAUAUUCACCAUAUGAGGUUGCAAUAUGUGAUCAGGACAGUACCCUAGUUGUGGCCUCUCCAGACUGUGUUUUCAAAAUAAUUUUAACAGAAAUUCCAGUAGGAACAAUACAGGAUACGUCCAAUUAUUCAAGUAGUUCUGGCUCUGAUUCAAGUGAUUUAAGUGAUGCAAGCGAUUCAAGCGAUUCCAGUAGUUCUAGCUCUGAUUCGAACGAUUUAGAUGAAUUGCUAGGCUGUAAUUAUACUCUAUAUGCUACACAAGUACAAUGGGAAACCAAGUUACCUAGUUCCACUAAGAUUGGCCAUAAUGCGUGUAUGGUUACCGAUAAUACUAUGGUGUUUGUAUGUGCGCAAUAUAUGGAUAGUAUUGCUGUAUUCGACAUCAUGAAUGGACAAAUGUUGAUGAAUGUGAUCACUACUGAUAAUUUUGCGAUUCGAUUUCCUUAUUCCAUGAAAUUGGAUAACGAUGGAAAUAUUAUUCUCCUAGAAUAUGACACAAUAAUGACUAUCUCAAAACAGGGCAUAUUGCUUUCUCAAUUUAAAGUCAAUGAUGCUGGUUCAACCCUCGCAUUUGACUCCUCCACAAACGAUAUAAUUUUAGGUAGUUUAGAUGGCGAAAUUGACAGGUACAAAAGGGAUGGAACAUUGAUAGACUCUGUUCUAACACAACCAAUGUUACAGCAAGUAUUAUCUAUAUCUAUGGAUAGCAUUAACAGAAAAAUGUAUGUGCUAGAUAAACAUGGCGUGAUACCAUGUAGUUAUUGA